ACUAACCGUGGUUUUGUAACCAUGUGUUAUUGUUUUGAAUUUUGAUAUAUUAUCAACAACGCUAGGAUGGUCCAGCUGCGACUCUGUGCCCGCAUCCUGGCCAGGAGGAGCCGGUUCCAACUUCCUAUAAGGAUGACACACAGUUCCAGUAGCGAUCCUUACGAUGUGGUGGUCAUCGGUGGUGGACAUGCCGGCACGGAGGCAUCUGCUGCGGCAGCUCGAAUGGGUUCCCGGACCUUACUGCUCACCCACAAACUGGAAACCAUUGGGGAGAUGUCGUGUAAUCCUUCGUUCGGAGGCAUCGGUAAGGGACAUUUGAUGCGUGAGGUGGAUGCCCUGGAUGGAGUAUGCGCCCGGUGCUGUGAUGUCUCUGGUGUCCAUUACAAAGUGCUUAACCGUCGGCGAGGUCCGGCAGUUUGGGGACCCAGAGCUCAGAUCGACCGGCAGCUGUACAAGAAGGCUGUGCAGCGGGAACUACACAGUACACCCAAUUUGGAGAUCCGGGCGGCUGCCGUGGACAACAUUCUGAUCGAAGAUGACACUCCUGAUUCGCAGAACCGACGAUGUGGCGGAGUUCUGCUGGCCAACGGCGAAGUAGUGCGUAGCCGGUCGGUGGUCCUGACCACUGGCACUUUCCUGCGAGCGCAUAUCAACAUCGGGCUGGAAGUGAGACCAGCGGGACGCAUUGGAGAUGCUCCAGCUAAGGCCUUGGGUGAAGCCAUCGAUAGAUUGGGCUUCCGCAUGGGUCGCUUGAAGACAGGCACGCCUCCCAGAAUAGCCAAGAGCAGUAUAGAUUUCUCCCAGCUCGAAAGGCACGAGGGCGAUGAUCCUCCAAUGCCCUUUUCCUUCCUCAAUAAGAAUGUUUGGAUUCCUACCAAGGAACAGUUGCCUUGUUACCUCACAUACACCACCCCAAAGGUCAGCGACAUUGUGAGGGACAAUCUCCACGUCAAUCGCCAUGUUACCGAGGAGAUAACUGGUCCCCGGUACUGUCCAUCCAUUGAGUCGAAAAUCCUUCGUUUCGGCGCCAAAGUUCAUCAGGUUUGGCUGGAGCCGGAAGGCCUGGACAGCCCCCUGGUGUAUCCACAGGGAAUCUCUUGCACCCUGCCGCACGAACAGCAAAUAGAACUGGUCCACGCCAUCCAGGGGUUGGAGAAAGCUGAAGUAGUCCAACCGGGCUACGGGGUGGAGUAUGAUUUCAUUGAUCCCCGCGAGCUAUAUCCCACACUGGAGACAAAACGGGUGCAGGGCCUGUUCUUUGCUGGUCAAAUAAACGGCACCACCGGUUACGAGGAGGCCGCGGCCCAGGGAAUCAUAGCCGGGGCCAAUGCGGCGGGAAAAACUCUACACAAAGAUGGGAAGCAGCUAACAAUUAGUAGGACGGAGGGCUAUAUAGGAGUUCUCAUUGAUGACCUGACGUCUCUGGGAACUAACGAACCCUACCGCAUGUUCACCAGUCGAGCCGAGUUCCGGUUAUCCCUAAGGCCGGACAACGCCGACAUGCGACUUACCCAAAAGGGCUACGAUUUUGGUCUGGUGUCGAAGCAUCGCUACGAACAUUUCCGGAAAACUGAAGAGAGGCUACAAUCGGCAAUCGAUUCCUUAAGAAAACUUCGGAAGCACACCCACUACUGGCGACAGGCACUGGAUCUUCCCAUAGCUAAAGCCUCAGUGGAGAAAACCGCCUUCGAAAUGCUGAGCAUACCAGCGGACAAUAUCACGGUGGAGCAGCUGAUCCAACUCCAUCCCAAGGAACUCAGUUGGCUGGCGGAUGAUCGUAACCUGGCCGAAAGGAUCAAAAUUGAAGCCCUGUACUCGUUCUUUGUGGAGGAACAGCAACGCGACGUGGAGGAUGUGCGACGGGAGGAACGUCUCACCAUUCCGGCCGAUAUAGACUACUUCUCGAAGACCCUAAGCUUGUCCAACGAGGAGCGCCAGAAGCUGACACUCAUCCAACCUCAGACCAUAGCGGCAGCCAGUCGGAUUCAGGGAGUGACUCCCUCGACCAUUGUCAGAAUAAUGAAAUAUGUGAAGAAAGCCGAAACGGCGAAGGCGUAGUUGAUUGUUAAUAAAUGUUUUCCCUUUCCAAAGAAAGUCCUCUGA